AUGCUCCUGCUGCUGCUGAAGCUUCUGCUGAUGCUGCUCCUGCUGCUGCUGAAGCUUCUGCUGAUGCUGCUCCUGCUGCUGAAGCUCCUGCUGAUGCUCCUGCUGCUGAAGCUCCUGCUGAUUCUGCUCCUGCUGCUGAAGCUCCUGCUGAUGCUCCUGCUGCUGAUGCUCCUGCUGCUGAAGCUCCUGCUGAUGCUAUCGGGCUCGGAGUACGUUAAUCUGUGCGUGACGUCGGACGAAGAGCCAUUUGAGCCCGAAGACCAGGAAGACGUCCGCGCAGCUCCUCCAUCCCACUCACCGACGAAGAGAGUCCCCGGCUUCCCUUUCUCCGAUGCAGACUGGAGACCCCCCAACGGCUUUCCCGCUAACAGCUACGACAACAACCAAGUCCUGAUGAGCGGCAGAGGCACGAGCGGGCAAAACUUUGAUCCAUUCUCCACGUCCGCCGCACAAACCAGCGCCACCCUGAGCAGUCUCAAUAUUCACAAAUUAACGACUCACUCCAACGAGACGUCGCUGAGCUGUUCGAAGAGUGAGCAGGGAUGUACUGACGGACUGAACGAGAGCAAGGCACCCAAACUACUCAUCUGUCCCACCUGCAAUAAGACCUUUUCCAGUAAGGGCAACCUGCUCGUGCACAUACGGAAGCACACAGGGGAGAGACCUUUCGGCUGUUCGGUCUGUAACAAAGCCUUUGCGUAUAAGAAGGCCCUGAUCUUGCAUUCGUACAUACACACCGGGGAGAGGCCUUACUGCUGCCUCGUCUGUAACCAAACCUUCACCCAGCCCAGCAGUCUCAACGCCCACAAGAGAAAACACACGGGAGAGCGACCUUUCUGCUGCUCAGUCUGUAAGCAGGACUUCUCCCACCACACCGCACUCAAGCGCCACAUGAGCAAACACCCGCAGCCGGUGGAGAAGACGUUCAGCAGCUCUUCGAUAUGA